GGGGGCUGGGCUCGGGGUGCCCGCCCGCCCCGCCCCGCCCUGCCCCGCAGCUGCGACCCCCGCCGGCCUGGGGGCCAGGGGUGGGGGGGCAGCGUGGCCAGCCGCCGUCCGGUCCUCCUCAGGUUGGCGUGGGCCGCGUCUGGGAGAGGGAGCGGUGGUGUCGGCUCGGCACGUGAAGCCCUGCAGAAACCACUUGUGUAGCGUUUUCUGAAUCACGCUGGCCUCAGCCUCACGGCUGCUGACCGUCCGGCCUCUGCAGCUCUGGGGUUCCGCCUCACGUUGCCCCGUCGUGGCCCGAGCCCAUCCAGUAUUUAGGACACAAUUGUUAAUGGAAGAAUUCAUGUAUAAGUACAAAAUAAGAAGGACAAUCUAAUCCUUGAGGAAAUGGCAGGAUUCCUAGACAACUUCCGAUGGCCAGAAUGUGAGUGCAUUGACUGGAGUGAAAGAAGAAAUGCCAUCGCUUCAAUAGUUGCAGGAGUAUUGUUUUUCACAGGUUGGUGGAUAAUGAUAGAUGCUGCAGUAGUUUACCCUAAGCCAGAACAAAUGAACCAUGCGUUCCAUACCUGUGGGGUGUUUUCAACACUAGCUUUUUUCAUGAUAAAUGCUGUAUCAAAUGCACAGGUGAGAGGAGACAGCUAUAGUGAUGGAUGUUUAGGAAGAACAGGUGCUCGUGUCUGGCUCUUCAUUGGCUUUAUGUUGAUGUUUGGUUCACUUAUUGCUUCAAUGUGGAUUCUUUUUGGAGCAUAUGUUACACAGAACACUAAUGUUUACCCUGGAUUAGCAGUGUUUUUCCAAAAUGCAUUGAUAUUUUUCAGUACUCUGAUCUACAAGUUUGGAAGAACAGAAGAGUUAUGGGGAUGAGAGGUCAUGUAUAGCAUUGUCUGAUCCAUAGUUGCUAUGUCGUACUAUGUAUGUAGAUAUAUUUACUUGUUCUUGGUUUGCUUUCUAAAUAGUAUGGACUGAGACAAAUUACAGUUUCUGUAAUAAGCUCCCUCUUUUCACAGGACAGAUUUGUGAAUAUGUACAUAUGACUGUAUAUAUCUUUAAAAGGGAAUGUCAGGCUUUCUUUCUGCAAUCUUCAGGCUUUUUUCUUCAAGUUUGUGGGUUUCCACCAACUCCUAGGACUUGAUCUCCCAAACCCUCACCUGUGUCAGACACUUCAGCGAAACUCAUAGUGAACAAGCAGGAUAAAGCCUGUGCUCUGGAAGCGGUUAUUACUUUCAGGCCCAGGUGAGCUAGAGCUGGUUUUGCAAAGGGCUGACAGCAACAACUGCCUGUGUCACCUGCAGGAGUGGUCGGUGCACUGAGGUGAGCUGAGCCUGUGUUUGAUGAGGGUCAAUUCUGUUGUAUUCUGAGAAAUGAGCUGAUUUUAAGAAUUUUGUACAACUGUUCAGAAAAAUAUGAAGUAGCUAUUUUUUUGUAAAAGGCUAUGAAUUUUUAAACAAGGCCCUAUAUUAAGCAGGUUCUGCACAGCAAAUCAAACUCUGUGACUUUUGAAUGCUAUAGCACAAAUGACAUUUGGUAGCACCACGGUCCUUAGAAUUAGUUUCAUGCUGUUCAGAGAAAUUGAUUCCAAUUCCUAUUUCAUGUAUUUACUGAUAUUAGAAUUAAAAAAACCCAAAACACCAAGCAACAAAACCAAACCCACUCCUGCUCAUAUUUAAGGAAUAUGAAGAACAGAUGAGAGUCAGCCUAACAUCUUUAAAAUAACGCUAGCAGAAUUUUUUUCAAGGGAAGCUUUUUGCUGAUAAAUGGAAAAGUUACCCUGCUACCUAUUACCUUUUCUGUUUAAAAGGCAAUAAUUUCAAGUGGGGAUAUAGUUAGAUGCAUUUAUUGCUCACAGCCUUACCUUGAAAUAAUUGCCAGUUUUGCCAUUUGUCCCAGUUAAAAUGUAUUUAUCUCCUAAAUUUCUUGGGCACUUUAUGGCAAUGUUUCCAUUAUUGAAAUCCAGUUUCUUCUAUCUGGAGUACACAGAAAGGGAGAACAAUGAUGUUUUAUAGCUUUGGACUGAUCUUGUCUGUUCAUUUUGCUGCUGGUGAUUUCCUUAUCCUAGGAGUUCUAUGUGGUUUUUAAAGCAUUUGAAUCUACCUUGUGUCUAAAAGCUUUUAUAACUUUCCAUAUAUCAAGAUCGCUGACCAAAUAGUAUUAAACUGCAGAAUGUAACUUUUGUGCAUGGUUACUGUACACUGUUAGUCAUCUAAUUACUCCCUUGUGGGAAUCUCUCCAGUGGACAGAAUAUGAAGCAAAUACUGCAGCUGAAAUUGUGCUACUGGCUAGACUAACUUCAUCCUGAUUGCACCAUCCUGCAGUGAAUUACAAUAUAUUCACUGGUGUCAACUGUAGCUUUGUACAUAAGUUGUCUGUUUGGUUGUAAUUUCAGAAAACUGCAAUAAACUUUAUCUUAUGUUCUCAAAA